AUGCGCCUGCAGGCUUCCAUCAUUCUGGCCAUCGCGGGUCUCGCCUCCGCAGGCUCCACCCCUUCGAUCCCAUCUUCAAAGCUCCCUCCCUCUGAAGAGCCGGAUAAGUGUCUCCAAAGACUUGACGAAUACCCCAACCGUUCCGAUAAACGCGAAGACCUAUUCCAUAGACGCUGUGUCGAGGCUCGCACCUACAGGGGCAAAUACGGACCUUACAGUGGCGACCUCUACCUCGAAUCAUGCUGCAAGAACGCCGACGGAAAGUUCACGACGCCGACCUUCAUCAACUUCGAUGAGUGUCUUGUCUUCGACCCCGACACAGAAGCCCUGCAGUGGAAUCACGAAAAGACACGGAGAAUCAGGGAUCAUUGCAACCACUGCGAAAUCAAAUCGAUGUACCGCUCCGAGUUAAUUUGCUACUGCAAGAACAAGGAUGGCAACGAUGUGAAGGCCCAGUUGACCUUUGACAUGGGUAGCAUCCAUGCGGAUAUUGAGUCUUUGGUACCCAAAAACGCUCUUUGGGUUGAUAAGGACGGUCAAUUUGCUUGCAAGCAGUAG